AUGCGGAGCGCAAGAAGAAUUGCACCGAGGCCAUUGGACACGCCUGCCGAAAAGAAGAAACUCGACAAAUCCCAAAACGACUACAACCGCGGCUACGAAGUCAUGUACGGUCAGAUGAUCGAAAAGGACACCAAGCACGACUUGAAAGAAGGCUUCUUAGAAGUUCGCCCAUGGACCGAACCUCUGGCCUGA